CUCAGCUGCUGAGCUGCAACAGGAGGAUUCUUUCAGUGGGAGCUGAAAGGAGCUCAGCUGCUUGGCUCCCGGUCUAAACCAGGUUUGCUUUUCAUGCCCAUGUGGUCGCAGAGAUGUGUCUUCAUUGAGACUCAAGGAGGCCCCUCGGCUUGGUUCCUCUUCUUUGCUCCCCGGUUGCGUAAGAGGAAUUCUUUGCUCCACUUUCACUCUGGCUAUUUAGAGGUUGUGUCUGUUUGCAUGUUUGAGAAACUACUGCGACCAGAAGCCAGCGAUUGCACUUCCCGAUUCCAAGAAUGUCACGCCUCAAUGCUCCAACAGUCAGUGAUCUAAUCACUGUUACGCAAUGCUUGGGCCCUAUUGCCUGCCGCCUCCCUCUUAGACGUCUUUGCACCCAAGGGCCACCAGCGAGAGCAAGUGGUCCCCUGACAGAGAUGUCCUGUGACAAAAGAAGGCCAAAAAGUCUGGAGAGUGCUGCUCAAUGGUAAAAUGGAGAAGUGAGGCAGAAAGGAGAGCUGCAGGGAAUAUUUUUUGAGGAACCCAUUCUGGUGUCAGAAACUAAAGGAGAAAACUAGCUUUUCCGUGCAACAGAAAUGUGAGCAGCGACAGAGCAGCGUCAGAAAGAGGCAGAAAUGAACAGAACCUCGCGUCUGCGGCGAAAACCUCAACGCUGCACAGCGUCACCCUCUGAACAAGGUGUGAACAAAGAAAGAAAGAACUGAGCAGCAUCCGGGUCGAAGCUAAUAGAGAAAACCACAGGUCUUUAAAUAGACGUCGAAUAGAGAAGUGCGAAGUGGACUUCACACUCAAACAGAGGGAGGAAGAGAGACACGAGUACGAGUUUACAUCCGUCUCCAGAGGCGGCGAGUGGCAAACCGGAGCCGCUGGGGGACUCUGAGCUCGAAUAACUGGGGGAUUUACCUGCGGUGACGCUUUCAGAAGACACACCGAGUAAGUAAGACAGGAGUAGAAGGUUGGGGGUGAAGAAACCGAGGAAGAGGAGCAUCACCGAGAGGAAAAGAGGGUCGCUGGCCAUGGGGAACCUCAUUAAGGUCCUUGGCAAGGAUUUAGAGAACUGUCCGCAUUUUUUCCUGGACUUUGAAAAUGCCCAGCCCACCGAGGCGGAGACGGCCGUGUGGAACCAAGUCAGCGCCGUGCUGGAGGAGGCUCACGGGAUCCUGGCCGAGCUGCAGUCCUACAACGGCGCGGGGCAGGAGAUACGAGAGGCCAUCCAGAACCCGGGCGACCUGGCGCUGCAGGAGAAGGCCUGGAACGCCGUCUGCCCCCUGGUGGCCAAGCUGAAGAGGUUCUACGAGUUCUCCCUCCGACUGGAGAACGCCCUGCGCAGCCUGCUGGAGGCGCUGACGAGCCCGCCCUACGCUCCCAUGCAGCACCUGGAGCGAGAGCAGGCGCUGGCCAAGCAGUUUGCAGAGAUUCUUCAUUUCACGCUCAGCUUCGAUGAACUAAAGAUGACAAACCCGGCCAUUCAGAAUGACUUCAGCUACUACAGGAGAACUAUAAGCAGGAACAGGCUGAAUAACCAGCAGCUGGACGCAGAGAACGAGGUAAACAAUGAGAUGGCCAAUCGGAUGUCUCUGUUCUACGCCGAGGCGACACCGAUGCUGAAGACCUUGAGUAACGCCACCACCAAGUUCGUUUCAGAGAACAAGACCCUGCCGAUAGAGGACACCACAGACUGCCUGAGCACCAUGGCGUGUGUGUGUCGUGUCAUGCUAGAGACUCCGGAGUACCGCUGCCGGUUCACCAAUACAGACACCAUGCUGUUCUGCAUGAGGGUGAUGGUGGGCGUCAUCAUUCUCUACGACCACGUCCAUCCCGUCGGAGCCUUCGCCAAGACCUCCAAAAUUGACAUGAAGGGCUGCAUCAAGGUGCUGAAAGAGCAGCCGUCCAACAGCGUGGAGGGACUUCUGAACGCACUACGGUACACGACACGACAUCUAAACGAUGACAGCACCUCCAAACAAAUCAGAGCCCUGCUGCAAUGAAGGAACGCCAGAGGAGAGGGAGGAACGUCGGAGCGCACCUGCAGACGUGAGGGGGAGAAACAGACGCCAGAGGCUGAAACAGCUGUUUGUUUACAACGGACGGAGAGAAGCCUCUCUGGGUCUGGAGCAACCUGAAGAGAAGAAGAAGAGGAAUUUAAUUAUAUAUAUUAUCAGCCGUCCAUCAUUCUGUCUCUCAUUUUGUAAAGUAAGAGAACAAAAGAAGAAACCAGAAAUGAAGAUUAUAGAUAUUUAUUAAAAGAAGUGAAACAGUAAGCAGGAUAACAGAAGAAGCUCUAUUGGGGGGAGGCGGGGGGGGUAAAAUUUAAAGGUCAGAACCGAAAUGUGAGAAUAGAAUAGAGUUACGUGUUCCUGCUGUUAGUCAGACAAGUUUUGCACACUCCCCUUUUGAGAAAACAGCACCCGUCUUCUUACUGGUUCCUGGAAGCCUCCCCCGCCGUCGCCGCGGCCCCUCGGUUAUCCCUCAGCUGCACUGAUCCCCACGCGCAGGCGAAACGAAGCAAUGUGAUGGAUCCACUCCGGAGAUUUGCUUCUUGCCUCUCUGCCCUUUCUGCCCCCCACCCCACCACCACUAUAUCAGUACAGCUGUGGGCGACAGGAUGAAAGGACCUGCAUUUUUUUUGUCCUCCCCACCCCCUGAAUUGCUUCAUAUCCAUCCAUCCAUCCAUCCAUCCAUCCAUCCAUCCAUCCAUCCAUCCACCCGAUUUGUAGUUUUUCUUUUGGCACAACAUCCACUCUUGUAAUGUUCCAGCACAAAAAAAAACCUUGUUAGGCUGUCUUCUCUCCAUGGUGCUAAUGUCGCUAAAGCUAUGUCACCACUAGCUUCUUCGAAACAAUGAAGCGAAACACACAAAUGAUCAAACAGUUUGGCAGAUCAAAACCUACGCACCAAUCAUGGGAACCUACAGCACACUUCUUCACCUAGUGCCAAAAAGCUGUCGCUGAUCAUCUUUAAUAAAACAUAAUAAUAAAAGAAGAGAUGACAGGCAGCUCCGCUUGGACUCUCAGCCCACAUUCUCCCUUAUUCCGUCACCAGAGUUCCUUCUUUUAGUGCGAAAAGCCUGGGGGCCAGCCACUCGGAAAUAAAACUUUUAACAGCGACAAAAAAAAGUAAUAAUAAUAAGGAGUGCUGUAAUUUGGAUGUUCAUAGACCUUAGUCUGAUUUAAUUUAUAAUAUAUUUUCUAUACAGGGAUGUGUGCCCAAUACAUACAUACACAGAUGGCAUGUUGUAAAAGUUCUGACAAGAGUGUGUAAAUAAGGUGUUUCUAUUCAUUUUUAAUUGUUCAGUGACGCUGACUUCGGGUUUGUGAUGUCGCUCAGAAUUACCAUGCGUUUGGCUUGGACCAUCGGACUUGCCGUAGUCAUAGGUUUCAGAAAUUCAGCUUCAUUAAGGCGAAUGAACCAGAGGGGAGGGGCUCUCCAUUUGCUUGUUCUUUUUGUAUAUUUUGUGCAACAAUAAACUUGUCAUUUAUUACAUUCAAA